CCAGCUCAACUCAAGAUAGAGAAUAGAAUCUGGUUGUUCUUGGCACCUACACCAACACAAAAUUCCAUCGCCUCUCUCUCUCAUCGUCCACCCCAAGCAGGGAUCCCGAUUUCAGCACCACCGUCACUGAUCGAAAAGAAACUUCGGUGACGGAGCCGGCCUUUGCUACCACCAACCUUUCAAUUGGUCACCUUGCACUUCAACCCUCUUUCAGUUAAAAAUCGACACUCAAAUGGAUUUGGAGACUGAAAAUAGAUUAGCUGCUAUCCUCAUGAAGGAAGCAGCAGAAUUACGGCGGCAGUCUGAAAGGGAAGGUGUUCUUGCUUAUCUUCGAAAGCCUGACGUACGGACUAGGCCAAAUUCGCGAUUCCUCACUGCUACUGUACGUGGAGUUCAACAAGCAAAUAGAGCAGUGGAAGUGAAUGAGAUGUGGCGAUUGCGGCAAAAGGAACUGGAGCUUGAUAAACGGAUUAAAGAAAAAUCAAUCGAUAAAAGAAGUAAAGAGAGAAGUCAUAGGGAUGAUAACUUAUCAAGAGGCACGGAAAGACAUUCUGGUAUUGAUAACAGCACUAGAACCUCUGCCUCACGUUCAAGUCAUAGAGAAUAUGGGUGUGAUAAAAAUGAUAAAAGCAGCAGUGACAGAAAUCAUAAGGAUGAUAAAAGCUCUAAUGUCUAUACUUCAUGCCCGAGUGAACAUGAACAUGAACAUGGUGUGGAAGGUUUAAAGGAUGAAGAGCUUGAAGAAUUUCUGCACUCAAGGACCAAAAGAGGCAGAGGUGCUGUUGGUCCGAGGAUGGAUGAGACUGGACCUUACCUUCCUCCUGAUUCAGAUGGGGAGCCGGGUACUAGUCCGAAUGUAAGGCAUCGCCGUGUUAUUUUUGGUCCGGAGAAGCCCUUGUCAUUGAGAUCAUAUGAUACUUCUGAUGAGGAGGAACUUCAUGAAGAAAAGCGGAAAAAGAGUAAAAAGUCUCGCUCUAGGAGCUCGGAGAAGGAGCAUUCUAAGAGGCGCAAGUCCAAAGAUAAAUCUAAGCAUAAGAAAAAGAAAAGGGAGGAGAAAAGAAGUAAACAUCAUCACUAAGGCUCUCACGUAACUUAUAUUCUCAGACGAAGGUAACUUGAGGAUACAGUCAAUUUGGAUGAAACUCGUGUUUGUACUUAGCACAGAUGACUUUCUGCAACAUCAAAUGCAAAUCCAACUUGUUUGGCCAUAGAAAAGGUUACUUAGGCAACUAUCAAACAUUUUAAACUUCAGCUUGGGGCGUAGGUCUCUUGGAGCGAUUAGGUUUCUUAAUCCUUCAUCGGUUGCUUGUCUUGACCUCAUUAGCUUGUUUGGAGCAAUUUACCUCGUGUUUCAUCAUCAUCUGGUCAAUCUCACUGUCAUGAAGAUUUCUUAUUCCAUGACAUUAUAAACAUUAUGUCUUCA